AUGGGUAGGAUCAUUGCUCUUGCAGUAAUACUCGUCGUUCUGCCAUUGUUGCAGGUGGGAAAUGGAGAGCACGAGAUUGAUGAUGAAAAUGGAGGAAGAAAUGAGAGGAGGAAGAGAUGUGAUGUGUAUGAUGGAAGAUGGGUUUAUGAUGAUUCAUAUCCUCUUUACAACUUAACUCAUUGCAGCUUCAUACUCAAACAAUUUGCUUGCCAGAGGAACGGUCGCCCGGACAGACUCUAUCUCAAGUAUAGAUGGCAACCCUCUGCAUGCAAUUUGCCAAGGUUCAAUGGUGUAACUUUUUUAAGCAGAUAUAGAAAUAAGCGCAUCCUGUUUGUUGGAGAUUCCCUGAAUUUGAACCAAUGGCAAUCAUUGACAUGCAUGCUUCAUUCAGCUACGCCACAUUCCGAGUACAAGUUAGAGAAGACAGGUUCCCUCCGAACAUUCACAUUCACGGAGUACAAUGUUUCUGUGAUGCAUCUGUGGAGUUCAUUUUUGGUCAACAUUAUACCUAAGAGAUACGGGCGGGUUUUGAAGCUUAACAAGCUUGACACAAAAACAUGGGAAGGAAAUAAUGUGUUAAUAUUCGACACGUGGCACCACUGGCUUCAUACCGGAAGGAAACAACAGUGGGAUUUCAUUGAAGACGGAAAGCACAAAUACAAAGACAUGAAUCGCUUGGCUGCGUAUGAAAUAGGGCUCAAGACAUGGGCUCGAUGGGUGGAUAAAAGUGUCGAUCCUAGAAAAACAAAGGUCUUUUUCCAAGGAGUCUCACCCGACCAUUUUAGGGAAAGUUAUUGGGGGCUCCAUAAUGGAAAGAACUGCAAUGGAGAAACAAAACCCACACUUGCAGAUCUACAUCCAAGGCGACAACAUCCAUCGGAACUAGCAUUGGAGAGAGUGUUACGUAACAUGUCAAAGCCGGUGCACUUGUUAAAUGUUACAAGACUGUCAGAACAAAGAAAAGAUGCACAUCCAUCAGUCUACGGCGUUGGAGGGCACCGUGGGAUGGACUGCACCCACUGGUGUCUUGCCGGAGUCCCCGAUACAUGGAAUCAACUUUUGUAUACAGAGCUCAUUGGGAAAUAACUUUUUACUGUAUUAAAAAUGUUAUUUGCUAGUUGCUCAAUAUACGCUAAUAUGUU